AGCAUCUUGAAUUUCAUAGAGCAGGAAGAAACAGAUAAAUAUUGAAAUAUAUACCCGUUUCACCUGUCAGGUGACUCAGACAGUGUAUCUACCACAAGAAGUGGACUAAAAUCAAAUAUCUUUUAGGUGACAGUUACUAAUUAGUGGCACUCCCAAAUAUUUCCUUGAGUGAAACUUAUCUCAGUUCCUCAUGUGUGACACUAAGUGACAACCCUCCUCUUCUGUAAGCGGACUGUUCAUUCAUAGGUGUCACUCAGACUUAACCUGAUGCUUGUCUGCAUUUUGACUUGGUUCAUUCAUUGCUGACGACAUUUAGUAUUGAUCCACAAUGAAAGCACUGAUUCUGGUUGGGGGCUAUGGCACAAGAUUACGGCCCCUCACUCUGAGUGUACCCAAGCCCCUUGUUGAAUUCUGCAACAAACCAAUCCUCCUUCAUCAGGUGGAAGCCCUAGUGAAGGCUGGAGUCAAACACGUUAUUUUGGCGGUGAGCUACAUGUCUGAGCUGUUGGAGCGAGAGAUGCGAGCGCAAGAACAGAGGCUUGGAAUAAAAAUUUCACUCUCACAUGAGAAGGAACCUCUUGGCACAGCUGGUCCUCUUGCCCUUGCCAGAGAGCUGCUGACUGACAGCGAGGAGCCUUUUUUUGUACUCAACAGUGACGUUAUCUGUGACUUCCCCUUUGAGGACAUGCUUAAAUUCCAUAAGCACCACGGCAAAGAGGGCACCAUUGUUGUGACAAAAGUGGAGGAGCCAUCUAAAUAUGGUGUUGUGGUGUAUGAAGCAGACACUGGGCGUAUUCACCGCUUUGUGGAGAAACCCCAGGUCUUUGUUUCCAACAAGAUCAAUGCAGGAAUGUACAUCUUCAACCCCUCUAUGCUGAGAAGAAUCCAGCUGCGUCCAACCUCUAUUGAGAAGGAAAUCUUCCCUGUAAUGGCAGAGGAGGGGCAUCUGUAUGCGAUGGAACUCCAAGGUUUCUGGAUGGAUAUUGGUCAGCCUAAAGACUUUCUCACCGGUAUGUGCAUGUAUCUUCAGUCUGUCAGACAACAUGCUCCUGAGAGACUGCGCACUGGACCAGGCUUCCUUGGAAACGUGUUGGUGGACCCUACAGCUGUGAUUGGGGAGAACUGCACCAUUGGUCCUAACGUGACAAUUGGGGCUGGAGUGGUGCUGGAAGAUGGUGUGAGAAUAAAGCGUUGCACGGUUCUGAAGGGCGCUCGCAUUCGCUCUCACUCUUGGCUUGAGUCUUCCAUAGUUGGCUGGAGUUCGUCUGUGGGCCAAUGGGUGCGAAUGGAAAACGUGACGGUUCUAGGCGAAGACGUGAUUGUGAACGAUGAGCUCUACAUCAACGGUGCUAACGUUCUUCCCCACAAAUCCAUUUCCGACUCCGUGCCUGAGCCUCGCAUCAUCAUGUAGACCACACCCUUACACACACUCUGCCCACAAAGUGCCCCAGCAUGUGCCCGGAGGACACAUGGCUAACUGGUGUCCUUUUCAGUGCCAUCCGGAGCCAUGAAAAGGAGCCUGUAAAAUGUGUCAAGAGGAUGAAGUAUAUCAGGAUUAUGUUUGUGUUUCAGGAGAUGAAAGGUAGAGGGGGAACAAUUUAUGCACUGCUGUGUUCCACACAGCAUUUUAGGUCAAUAUUAUCUGGAUUUGCAGUUCCACAGAUACUUUAUUAUGUAUUUGCAGAGGUUUAAAAAGGAUGCUAUUACAUGAUUUGCCAAGCAUUUAGGAAAUGGUUAACGGCACUAGAAUGAUCAAAGGAGGCUUAAUGUGGUUGGUCACAUUGCCUUAAAUAGGAGGAUAUGGGGUUAUGGUUUGUAUUAUUUUUCCCCUUAACUGAUUCACUGUUUGUAUAUUUUUCUUUUUGUCUGCUUCAGUAGGUAGUUUCUUUUGCUGUUUUCAGUAUGAGGAAA